CUCAGACUCCGCGCACCGCCAGCUUCUCUCUCCCGCUUUUGGAUUGACCCUCACUGGACUGCUUCCUCCGGGAUGGCCGCGUCGAUUCUGGAGGAGGAAACACGUUAUGGAUCCAGUCCCUUGGCUAUGCUAACUGCGACCUGCAACAAAUUCGGGAGCACCAGUCCAGUCCGAGAUUCUGCCACACCUGGUAAACCGGGAAGCACCAUCCCAAUUAAAAAAGCCUACAGCAUGACCUCUGAACUCCAGAGUGCUAAAAACGGACGCAAUGAAAGCGUCGCGGACUCUUACACCGGCUCAUUCAGCUCAAGCGGAGGCUUGCUAACACCAACCGGAAGUCCUCCACCGGCUCCAACUGGGGCGUACGGCUCCGAAUACAACCCGUUCUCCACUUUCCAGACCUCCAGUGUUUCCCAGGACCCUUCGCUUUUGGGAUCCAAAGCCACUGCGGAUUGCCUAACAAGCGUCAAUACUUAUUUAGACAUGACGCAUCCUUAUGGUUCAUGGUACAAAGGCAUCCAUCCAGGAAUCACUGCGUCUCCUGCUAAUGCCACGUCUUCUUGGUGGGACGUCCAUACUAAUGCUAACUGGCUAAGUCCAGGGCAGGCUCAGCCAGAUAGUCUUCAAGCACCAUUGCAGCCGGUGGCUCCUCAAGCAUCGCUCAAUCCUCAAAUGCAGAGUUACACUCCUGAUUUCACGCCGUUGAAUCCGGCUCCGUAUCCAUCCGUAGGCUUGAGUUCUUCCUCACACUUGCUCCAAUCUUCACAGCACAUGCUCCCACAGGACAUGUACAAACCCAAGCCCGUCCCGACAUCGGGAAUCCUGGAUAACUCAAUGGGGCUCAAAUCAACUCGUGGUUCUGGAUACACCGCUGGGUCUACCACUGGGAGGUCUUCUUGUGACUGCCCAAAUUGUCAGGAGCUGGAAAGGCUCGGAGCGUCGGCAGCAUCCCUGCGGAAGAAACCAGUGCACAGCUGCCACAUCCCCGGCUGUGGGAAGGUGUACGGUAAAGCCUCGCAUCUGAAAGCCCACCUGCGCUGGCAUACAGGUGAGCGGCCGUUCGUCUGCAACUGGCUGUUCUGCGGGAAACGCUUCACUCGCUCUGACGAACUGGAGCGUCACGUCCGCACACACACCCGGGAAAAGAAGUUCACAUGUCUGCUCUGCAAUAAGCGCUUCACCCGCAGCGACCACCUCAGCAAGCACCAGAAAACACACUCUGAAGCCAGCCUGCAGGGGAAAGAGGAGCCGGAGACCCGUGCUGAGGAGAUUCCAGCAGAUAAAGGGGCUCCGGCGGGGUCCGAGAUCGGCAUCCAGGAGCCUGUGGUAGGAGGAGAGGAAAAGAGCAGCACGGGCAACGGUGUGGACAGCGGCAGUGGACUGCUGGAGAUUUAACCUCUGACCCCUGGACACACUGCUGUAGUAUUGGUGCUAAGCUGCAUUCUAAUGAUGCAAACAAACAAAAACAGCUUUAUUUUUAUUUUUUUAUUUCAACAUGUAAGUAGUUGAGUAGUGCUUCGAACACUCUAAAUAAAAGUGGCAAGAAAUGUUGGGUCAAAUAUGAACAAACCCAACCUUGGGUUAAAAUGUGUCAUUGAAAUUUAAUUGAAAAAAUUAAACCAACAUUGGUUUAAAACAAACAAUCUUUUUUUAGUGUAAUCUCUGAAAGAAUUAUUGGUUAUUUCAACCAAAUUUUGGGUCAAAUAUGCACAGAACCAACUGCUGGGGUCAUUUAUUCAAUUAAAUUCAUAGGCCUAAAUAUGAAUCAACUUUGCAUUUGUCCAUAUUUUACCCAUUUAUUAGAGUGUACAAUUUUAAAACAACACUUGCUGUGUUGUUGUAACCUAAAGUUGGGUCAUUUUAUUUUUUAAAUUACACUUUUAACCCAGCAGUUGGGUUUGUCUAUAUUCGACUCGACCCAGCUUGUACAUGUACAUAUGUUGGGUUAUGACAGCCCAGACUCUCUUUUUUUAAAGGUUUUCUCAAAGCUGCUCUCUACUCUAAAAAAUGUUGGGUUGUUUUAACUGUGUUGGGUCAAAUAUGGCCAAACCCAACCAUUGGGUUCAUUUUUUUACUUAUGCUUUGUAUGAUUUAUAUAAUUUGUUUAAUAAUUUCAGAUUUUAAUGUAAUAAUAAUUUGUGUAAGUUUGAUUUGUUCAAGUUUGGGUUACAACAACACUCUAAAAAUGCUAGGUUGAUUAGAACUAUAUCGGGUCAAAUAUGAACAAACACAACAGUUAGGGUUGCCCAUAUUUGACCCAAACUUGCAUUAUAAAAACCCAGCAUUUUUUAAAAGGUUAAAAAGCGUAAUUUAUAUUUAAUUGAAAAAAUAAACCAACAUUGGUUUAAAACAAACAGUAAUUAUUUGUGUACUUUCUGAAAAGUUAUUGGUGAUUUGAAUCAAAUUUUGGGUCAAAUAUGGACAGAACCAACUGCUAGGUUUGUCCAUAUUUGACCCAAUUUGGGUUGAAACAAAGCAGCAUUAUUUAGAGUGUACAGUCUUAAAAAUUAUGGGUUGUUGUAACCCAUAACCCAUAAAAACCCAUUGUAACCCAUAAAAAAAUAGAAAAAAAUUUAAUAAGGUUUGUCCACAUGUGGGUAACCUAAUAAUUUCUAUUUGGGAAAACGUUGGAUUAAAACAAUCAUUAUUUUUACCAUUAUGGUUAACUAUUACAAUUUUUAACCCAGCAAUUAUACACAUUUGAUCCAAUUUGAUUUGGAAUAACCCAGCAAUUUUAGAGCAGUUUUGAGACGUUUAGGUUUUGAGAGAAAAACUUUGGACUCACUCUUCAAAAAUAGACUAGGUUGUUUUAACCCAACAUUGGGUCACAUAUGGAUGAACCUAAUGUUAGAUAAAUGUUAAUGUUAGAUAAAAGUUAAAUGUAAAUGACGCUUUUUAAGCCAAUGGUUGGGUUUGCCCAUAUUUGACCCAAUUUGGAUUAAAAUCAAAACCCAACUUUAAAGGAAUUUAAAAAAAUAACCCAAUGGUUGGGUUUGUCUGUGUUUGACCUAACAUUGGGUUCGAACAACCAAGCAUUUUUUAAAGCAAUACACCAUAAAUCAAUUUUGUAGACUUUUGGGUUUCGAGAGAAAAACUUUGUACUCAACAAAAUAAAUGAAAUGUUGGCUCAUAAAUGGACAAACCUAAUGUUGGGUUAUUUUUAACCCAGUGGUUGGGUUUGUCCAUAUUUGACCCAAUCAUCAGCCUUUUUUAUGAGUGUUUUCAGUACACAAGAACUUCAGGCUUCAGUUAGUCUGGCUUUUCCUUCAUUAUGGGGAGUUUUGUUGAGGAUUUUCAUGUUUAAAAAUGAUUAUUGAAUUCUCUGUAUCUGUUUUAUUGUUAUUUUUGACAACCUUUAGAGGCGGCUGUUUUAGAUGCCCAGUGUGUGUCUUUAUUCUGUCAGAGAGUCUGACGUUUGGGCUUCCAAUACACGCACACUUUGUGUUUUUUAAUUUAACUGAAAUGUAUUUCUUUUAUUUUUUUAAUCCUGUGUUUAGAAAUCUUUCUUUGAUAGAAUCGAUCAGGAGGUCAUCUUUAAAUCUGGUGUACAGUGAACCAUAUAUGCUUUUAUUUCAUUUCUGGUCCUGCCGCUUAACAUUGCUUUAUUUAAUUUCCUAUUUACAUCAAAUCUAAUUUAUGUCUUAAAUUAUGAGCAGUUUGGAGACAAUGUUGUGUUUCACUGGCUUUGCUGAAUGGAGGUAGACCAUGAAGCGAGUCAUUUAUGAAUAAAUUAAGUCUUCUCAUUCA